UCCUCUCUCUCUCUCUCUCCAUUGAACAUGGAUGAUUGAAUUUGGGAUUGGAUUCAUUGCAUGUACCCACUCGGUCUCUCUCUCUCCCCCCUAUGAAUAAUAAAAAAAGACCCCACCUUGACAAUAAAAGAUAUGGGAAACGCACAACUCCACAUACGUUGUAGCAUCCACCCACCCACCCUUCAUCUUUCUCUCCCUCUCUCUCCUUUUUUGCCCUAUCUAUUAGGGUUUCAGAUGACCUCUUGACUUUCUAUUUCUCUCAUGAACUCGUUGUUUCAAGCUCUAUACUUGGUUUAUAUUGUGUUGCUGUUGGUUGAUCUGGUCUUUUUUGCUCUCGAUCGAGGGUUUUUUGGGCUUGAACGGUUGAGAUUUGGCUUCCCUGGGGCUUUCCAACUGUACCCAUGUCAAAAGUCUUCGAUUACAGUGGAGAUCAUGCUUUUUGCCCUUGGGGGUCAAUAUUUCAAAAUCCCAAUGAAUCAAGUCUUUUUUUGUCCCUUGAUGAUCAUGUGGACAUCUAUUUUCCUCCUCACAAGAAGUCUCGCAUUAGUGCCCCCUUUGUUUUUAGUGGAGAAAGGUUUGAGCAGAAGCAGCAACCCUCCAUUGAAGUUCUUCCUGAUGAAUGCCUCUUUGAGGUCUUUAGACGGAUCCCUGGAGGCCAAUCAAGAAGUGCAUGUGCUUCUGUGUCCAAGCGGUGGCUUAUGCUUGUAAGUAGCAUUCACAGGGAUGAAAUCUGUACGAACAUAACUGUUGAACCUGUGGAGCCUGAGGAAAGAUUGAUUUCUGACAAGGCAGUUGUGGCCUCUGAGUGUGACAAAAAGGGUGGGGAUGUCUGCUCUAAUGGUGCCAAAGUUGUUGAACCUGAGGCUGAAGAUCAGGAUAUAGAGGGUGAUGGAUACCUUUCCAGAUGCCUUGAAGGGAAGAAAGCAACAGACGUUAGACUUGCCGCCAUUGCUGUUGGAACUUGUAGCCGUGGAGGAUUGGGAAAGCUUUCUAUCCGAGGGAGCAAUUCUAGUCGUGGGGUAACAAAUCUUGGCCUAAGGGCCAUUGCUCGUGGUUGUCCUUCUCUCAGGGUUCUUUCUCUAUGGAACGUCACUUCUAUUUGUGAUGAAGGCCUAUCUGAGAUUGCUAAUGGGUGUCACCUGUUACAGAAGCUUGACCUUUGCAAUUGCCCAGCAAUUUCUGACAAGGCUGUGAUGGCCAUUGCAAACAACUGUCCUAAUCUGACCUCGCUAACCUUUGAGUCUUGCCCAAACAUUGGGAAUGAAAGCCUACAAGCUGUUGGCCGUUGCUGCCCCAACUUGAACUCCAUUUCAAUAAAAAGCUGCCCACUUGUUGGGGAUCAAGGGAUUGCAUGUCUGUUAUCAUCGGCCGGUUCUGCUCUGACAAAGGUGAAGCUCCAGGCUUUGAAUAUCAGUGAUGUGUCUCUUGCUGUUAUUGGACACUAUGCCAAGGCUGUUACUGACCUAGCUCUUAUUGGCCUCCAAAAUGUGAGUGAGAGGGGCUUCUGGGUCAUGGGUAAUGCUCAGGGUUUGCAGAAGUUGAGGUCCUUUGCAGUUUCCUCUUGCCAAGGAGUCACUGAUCUAGGGCUUGAAGCUGUGGGUAAAGGUUGCCCAAAUUUGAAGCAGCUUUACCUUCGCAGAUGUGCAUUCUUGUCAGACAAGGGAUUAUUUGCAUUUGGCAAAGCUGCAGGGUCACUCGAGAGCCUGCAAUUAGAGGAGUGCCACAGGAUUAGCCAGUCUGGGGUUUUUGGUGUCCUUGUAAACUGUGGGGGGAAAUUAAAGGCUGUAGCUUUGGCAAAUUGCUUGGGGAUGAAGGACAUAGUCUUGGGAUUUCCUUUGAUGUCUCUUUCCAAUUCCCUGCGAUCAUUGUCUAUCCGCAGCUGCCCUGGAUUUGGUAAUUCGAGCUUGGCCAUGUUGGGUAGAAUGUGUCCCCAACUGCAGCAUUUGGAUCUUAGUGAACUUCCUGGAAUAACCGAUGAGGGACUUUUCUCACUCAUUCAGUGCUGCAAGGCUGGUCUGCUGAAGGUUAAUCUUAGUGGUUGUGUGAACUUGACAGACAAAGUGGUUUCAACCAUAGUCAAGCUGCAUGGUGCGACUCUUGAGUUGCUGAAUCUUGAUGGUUGCAGAUAUGUCACUGAUGCAAGCUUGGUGGCAGUUGCUGAGAAUUGCUUGUUCCUAAGUGAACUUGAUGUUUCCAAAUGUGCAAUCACUGAUUCUGGCAUUGCAGUCUUGGCUUGUGCGGCGCAGCUGAAUUUGCAGAUCCUUUCCUUGUCGGGUUGCUCAGUAGUGUCGGACAAGAGCUUGCCUUUUUUGGGAAAGUUGGGUCAGAAACUUGUGGGAUUAAACCUCCAGCACUGUCGUGGAAUCUGCAGUAGUGCAGUUGAUCUGCUUGUCCAGCACCUAUGGAGGUGCGAUAUCCUUUUCUAACCGGGGAAAGGGUUGGAAUAGCCCUGUAAGUUGGGUUGGGCAUUCUUGUUCUCUUGUGGGUAGCACUGUAGCAGUAGUGUGUAGUUUUUGGGUCCAUGAGCUAUAUGGGUCUUCUCGUUUUCCAGUUACUGGGCUCCUUUUUCCAGGGAAGAUGGCCAAUUACUCUUUUUUUGCAGUUUUCCUCAAUAGGAAAGCUGUUGCAAGAAUUUGGCCCUCAGCAAUGGGGUGUCUAUUUCUUUGUGGCCAUCCUUACCUGAGAAUGCAGAUGCUCGGUUCUUGAUCUUGUGAUGAUACUUUCCAGUGGUUCUAGUUCUGGGGUGCCUGGGUCUCAGCCAGGUGUUUUUAGCUUUCAGCCUUGCAUUGGUUGUAAUCGUGCUUAGGCUAUAAGCUUUAUUACCGCUUCGAGUCUUUUACAGUGUUUGGGUCUUUCCACUUUCAGUUUUACCGAGUCUUCCACGUUGCUUAACCUUCGUGUUCUGCACGUGAUGGUUGGGUCUCUGUUUUGCUAUUUAGAUUUUUUGGUUUGAUCUCUGUUUCAGUUUGUGGUUGCGUUUGGCGGUUUGAAGUUUGGUGCCUCGUGUUCGUGGGCUUUGGCCGUGGCAGAAGGUUCUUUUAGUCUGCUGCCAUGACAACCCUCUUCCCUUUCAGAGGGGUUGUUUUUUUUCACCAAGCCCUAGUGUUUGCAGGCUUCUCUUGUUCAUGAACCGUCCUAUGCAACCACUUUCUAAUGUAAUGCAAUUUAUGUUUGACCUCUGUGUAUUGUAUGCCCUCUGCUAUGGUAAUGUUCAUGAAUAAAAAUUUCGAGAUGUUUUAUGAUAAAGAUAAUGUGGUGUGCUCUGUAUAUUUGAUGUACAAGUUUAU